GCGAAGCGAAGAACGGUUUAUACGCGUUGUUUACUGUAGUUGCCGUUUCAGCAAAAUAAUAUUUUAAAUAAGUGUUACGUUCGUGUGAUUUUUGUUUUAUGUUUGCCUCCGGUUUCGUCUUCCCGCCGAACCCAUGAAUAUGAGCACCAGCAACUGGACCAUCGAGGAAACGCACCUUCUGAUUCGAAAGCGGCUGGAGCUGUUCGGAUGCGCCCGCAGCGACAAGGUCUACGAUCAAAUCUCCAGCUACCUGGCCCAGAAGCAUAACUUCUAUAAAAAUGCUGCCGCCUGCCAGACCCGUUUCAACAAUCUGCUGAAAACGUACCGGACCUGUGUCAAGCGACUAGAAAACGGUGGGAAGAUUUGCAAGAUGCGAUUUCCAUAUUUUGAUACGUUCCACCAGUAUUACGCGAACAUCGCAGUUGGGGACAAUGCGAAUAAUAAGUGCAAGUCGGAGAUUUUCCUGGAUGACAUCUUCGAGGACAGUUCCUACGCAGUGGAUGGCGGUGGGGGAGGAGAAGGAGAAGCUGCAAGGGUAGUGGGUUUGGAUAGCAUGAUGAUGGAUUCCACGCAGACGGAAGAUGAGUACGUGGAAUCGCCGGACAAUCGGAACGAACAUGAUGGAGAUGAAGAGCUGACGACUUCGUUGACGGUCAAUAACGGGUUGGAAGAUUUGAAGCUGAGAUUGAUGGAGCAAAAGUUGCUCUACUACACGAAUCAGAACAUGUUGCUACAAAUUAAGCAGGAACACUACCGACAGAAGGAGCAGGACCGAGCCCGGGGGCAGUUGAUGGCCGAAGAGAUACUGAAGGUUCUACGGGGGAUUCAUUCGUGCUUGAAGAAGAGUUUGGAGGUAAAAAUCGUACCACCGCCGACGAAGAAAGUGGUGGAAAAAGUUGCUCCGGUGAAGGUAGAGAAGAAACCGGAGGAGACGAAGAUCAAGGAGGACAUUAUGGACGAAGAAGAGGAAGCGGAGGAGGAAGAAGAAGCGGAAGGUAGUAGUUCGGUGAUUCCGAUCGAGGUGGAAUCCGGCGACGAGGAAGAGGAUGAAGAUGACGAUGAAUUCAACGGGGAUGCGCAAUCCGGGAGCGCGGGAAGCAGCGAGGAGGUGGUCAAGAAGCCGGAAAUGCCCCGACUGAAAGUGCGGAAGAAUAUCUUUCCCGCGUGGAAUCGAAUCCAGACGGUACUGCUGAUCAAGAUCCACUGCGAUCUGAGGCCAAAGUUCAAGGGGUACAAUUUGUUCGAGUGCAUCUCGAACAAGCUGAUUGAACUGCACAUAAAUCGAACACCCAGAGACUGUCGGACGCGGUGGAACAAUCUUUUCCGGAGCUACAAGGAAUGUCGAUCGCGACUGCGGCUGAAUGAUAAGGCCGCGGUUAAAUUCGAAUACUUUGACGAGAUUGAUGCCUACUACAAGGAUCAGCAGUUUCUAUCGAUAUAGGAGGUAAUUGUACACGACGAUUUUAUA